AUGCGAAAUGCGUUUGGCUACCUGAGUCGCUGCUUGGCGCCCCGGCGGAGUGUCGCCUGUGUUGUUGCAGCGCAGUCCCGUUCUCAACCGAUGGGUGCGGCGGCCCUUCUCAGUGUGCAGUGCCCCAUUACCUCCUUCAAGGGAGGGACACAGGACUUUAUUGACGAGGUCAGCGGUGAGAAGGCUGUUCUGGUGUACUUCUACACGCCGUGGUGUAAGCCCUGCCACCGCGUCACCGCCAGUUUAGAGGCGUUAGAGGCGGAUGGACAUAUCAGCCGCCGGAUGGACGCUCCAGCACCAAAGGCAUCAGCCACACCUGCAGCUCCAGAGGUGGAGGUAAAAGCGGGCGCAAAGGCAGGUUUCUCUUGUUCUUCUGCCGGUUGUCCACUACCGCAGACCACGAAAACGAAGGCGUCGCAGAGCAGUGCGACGUCUGCUCCCGAGCCAUACGCCGAUCCAGAGGUGGCGCUGAAGAGUGCCAGUGAAGUGUGUCUGCUCGCGCAGGGCGACGGAACAACGGUGCGAAUCAUCCCCAUCGACACUGACGAAAACCCAAAGUUGGGCGCACUGCACGAUAUACGCAGUGUACCCACAUUCGUGACGUACCGCGAUGGCCGCAUCGUUGGACGUGCGGAGGGCUUCCGUGAUGGACAGCUUCGGCGGCUGGUGAGUGAGUUGUUGCGUGAUGACGGCAAUCAGCCAGGGGCUGGAAACUCACCGGUACAACGGUCAAAGGGGGCGUGA